AUGUGGCAGAUGACUUCCACACUCUGCAGGACAGUGUUGUUCUUGUCCCUGGUUACAAUCUCAAGUUGUGAACACUACUACAUUGUGCCGAGUAACUCUACUGAUUUGUGCCAAGGUUAUCAAAACAACACAUGCUUCACUCUAGAGCAGCUCACUGACACAAACUUGUUUGUUGGAGUAGACAAUCUCACUCUCACACUCUCACCUGGUCAGCACAAACUGGACAGAGUUCUUUCAUUGGAGAAUAUGAACAAUAUUCGAAUAACUGGUCAGCACAAACUUGAUAGAGUUUUUUCAUUGGAGAAUAUGAAUAUUCAAAUAACAGGUCAGAAUGAUUUAGUGAUUAGCUUUGUUGGGAGAAGUAGGAUUGAGAUAUUGAACAUUGGAAAUUUGAAAAUCGAAAAUUUGAAUUUGCUUCAGAAAUCGAUAAAUGAGCCAAUAAUGUUCCAGCGUGGAUUGAAAGUCUCUAAUAUCGAUAAUACUUUACUAGCCGAUUGUCACAUCACUGGUUUUGAUCAUCUUAAGAGCAAUACAUCAGGCAUUUUUAACAUCACACAAAUACACAAUUUAGAGAUAAGGAGCGUCACAUUCGACAGUAACACUGGCAGAGCACUCAAUAUACAGUCAGAAGUUGUUUGUAUUGAAGACAGCCAUUUCACCAACUCGCUAGGUGGAGCGAUUACGGUGGAGUCAGGCAAUGUUACUAUUACCAGCACACAGUUUAUAAACAAUACUGCAUUGGGUAGCCGAGCAACAGUCAAUUCAUAUUAUCUAGGUGUACUACCCAGACAUGAAGGGGUAAUAUACAUCCACUCAGGUGAUGUCACUAUCUCUAAUACAAAUUUCAUUAACAAUUUCGGUAUAGCCAUUCUCAUUUUCACGGGAAAUACAUAUUUAUCAAACAGUGCGCUAGCAAAUAACAGUGAUAUUCCUUACGAUAGCAUUGGUGGAGCAAUCUUUUCUCAAUCGGCUAAUGUUAUCGUAUCACACAGUGAGCUAACAAACAACAAUGCUCGUUAUUGUGGUGGAGCAAUCUAUUCUAACAAGGGAGAUAUUAUCGUAUCACACAGUAAGCUAACAAACAACCGUGCUGGUAUUUAUGGUGGAGCAAUCUAUUCAAGGUCGGGUGAUGUUAUCGUAUCACACAGUGAGCUAACAAACAACAAUGCUGGUGGUUUUGAUGGUGGAGCAAUCUAUUCUUACGAGAGUGAUGUUAUCGUAUCACACAGUGAGCUAACAAACAACAAUGCUCGUUUUAGUGGUGGAGCAAUCAUUUCUAACAUGGGAGAUGUUAUCGUAUCACACAGUGAGCUAACAAACAACCGUGCUGGUACUCAUGGUGGAGCAAUCUGUUCUUACGAGGGAGAUGUUAUCGUAUCACACAGUAAGCUAACAAACAACAAUUCUGGUCGUGUUGAUGGAGCAAUCUAUUCUAGACAGGGAGGUGUGAAUGUAUCACAUUGUAAGCUAACAUACAAUGCUGGUAGAAGUGGUGGUGGAGCAAUCUAUUCUUUCGAGGGAGAUGUGAAUGUAUCACACAGUGAGCUAACAAACAACAAUGCAAGACAACGAGGUGGAGCGUUAAUGAUGCGUUACCACACACUCUAUGUCUUCAAGACAACAAUGUUAGCAAACGUUGCUGCCAGUGGUGGUGCCAUUUAUUUUGAAGGAGACGUUCUUCACAUCACCCAAUCUUCAUUCAUGAACAACAGAGCCACUGACGGUGGAGCCAUUCACGCAAGACGUUGUGACGCACACAUUUUUACUACAGAACUAUCUAACAACAGCGCUGUUUCUGAUGGUGGAGCCAUUUUUUUCGCUGGAACAAAAACUAUGAAUCUUUUAAGUUUGCAAUUAGCUUACAACCGUGCCAGAACUGGUGGAGCAAUCUUUAGUUCGGGAUCGUUGAAUAUAACCGAUACGAAUCUGACAAGCAACAGAGCUGAUUCGGAUGGUGGAGCAAUUGAUAUUACCGGUGGAGAUACUUUUCUAAUCAACUCAAACUUGGCAAGGAACAGUGCUUCCAGCGGUGGAGCCAUUUAUAUGAAAAGUGCAAAUGUCCACCUAUCCAAGAUUCUCUUAGCAAACAACCAUGCGAGAAUUGGCGGAGCGAUUACUAGCUCUGGACAUUCACUCAAUAUGAUGUACACCAUCUUGACCGACAACACUGCUGAAUCUGAUGGGGGAGCAAUGGAUAUCAGUAAAGGAUCGGGUGUUGUGCAAUUUAUGAACACCGAUUUAACAAACAAUAGUGCAAAGCAUGGUGGAGCAAUUUACAUCAAUACUGUUGUCAAUUUAAUUUACUGUCAUACAAACAUACAUGAUAAUAUAGCACAGUCCGAAGGUGGUGCGGUCUAUAUGGUAACCUCAAAUAUUUCUAUGGAAAGUCAUGGAAUUCCCAGUGACAUCAACUGUACUGAAGGCGUAGCAAUCUUCAACAAUAAAGCAAAGUCCGGAGGAGGAAUACAUAUAAAGGACAGCAUACUAAAUGUGCAAGCCACACUGAAUGUGGUAUAUAAUACAGCACAUGAUGGUGGAAUUUAUGCGACUUCAUUAAGCAAAAUCUAAUUUCUAGAAAGAGGAGAAGGAGUAAUAUCAAAC